AUGAGAGUGAAGAGGCAGAAGAAGAACAGGAGAACAGUGAGAUUCUUCACCGUCUGUUUCGGUUUCCGACAACCCUUCAAAGUUCUAUGUGACGGCACUUUCGUCCACCACCUCGUUUCUAAAGAUAUCACUCCCGCCGACGCUGCUGUCUCCGCUCCCGUCAAGCUCUUCACCACCAGGUGUGUGCUUGCGGAGUUGCAGAAACUGGGUAAAGAUUACUCCGAGUCUCUCGAGGCUGCUCAGAUGCUUAGCACAGCAACAUGUGAGCACGAGGAGGCAAAACCAGCAGACGAGUGUUUGUCAGAGGUACUCGGAAUCAAAAACUCAGAGCAUUUCUUUCUCGGUACUCAGGAUUUCGAGUUUAGGAAAAAGCUUCAGCAGGAGUCUAUCGUUCCACUAUUGUGUGGUCUUAAUAACAGUCUGCAGAUCGAUCAACCUUCUGAUUUCCAACGCGAGACAGCCAAAGACUCUGAAAGAAAGCGGUUACCAAUGGAGAAAAGGAUGUUGGAGAAACAGACUGCAAGAAUCUUAGCUUCUAAUAGAGGAGAAGGAACAGUUGAAGACGAACAAUGGGAAACGCCCCGAGUUGUCAGUACAAGAAAUGGACUCGGUGUGAAGGAUAAGCCUCAAUUCAAACGAAAUAGAGCAAAGGGUCCAAACCCACUGUCAUGCAUGAAGAAAAAGAAGGUGAACGAUACCAAGAGGCCUCAAUCUAAAUCCAAAGCUGAACAUAAAGCUGGUGGACAAGAGGAAAAGAACGGUGAAAGCGGUUUAAAGAAGAGGACAAGAAAACGAUCAAAGAAAGGAAAAUCUGGUCAGGAGAUAACCGAAUGAAAACAGUUGUUUCUAGUGACAUCUACCAAAACACUCACCAAAAACGUGGUGCUGUUUUCUUUGGUACUGCACACCGUUUUUAAUCAA